ACCCGUAGAGCUGGCAGCAAAGUGCGGACGGGGUGUUUGACCUGCAAAAUCCGACGCGUCAAAUGCGAUGAGAAAAAGCCCAGCUGCUUCAGAUGCACCAGUACAGGUCGGAAAUGCGAUGGGUAUCCCCAAGAUAUCAGCGACUUACAGUUUAAGGUUACCGUAUUCCAGCAGUUAUCAAAUCGCCGACCUGGGCUCCCUAUGCUGUCUGGUCUUGGCGACAAUGUCCAAUAUCUGGAAUUCUAUCAUGCUUGCGCUCGGCCAACACUAUCCAGCCACUUUGAUAGCGAAUUCUGGUCCCGUAUUUCCCUUCAACUGGCCCAAUCCGAGCCUGCCAUUCGUCACGCCCUGAUAGCUCUUGGCUACCUACACAAGACCGAGUCCGGCAACCUGAGAGAUGCACGCACGAGGUUCGCGGCUCGAUCUGAAAACAAGAUCCUUCUCCUCAACUACAACAAAGCUGUUAAACAUCUCGCUGACCGUAUGGUCGAGCCCUCCUACACCCCCGAGAUUGGGCUCGUCACGUGCUUACUAUUCAUCUGCAUUGAGUACAUGCGGGGAAACUGGGCGACGGCGUUCAUGCACUUGACUAACGGGCUAAACAUCAUAUCGGCAUGGAGAAAGACACAUGCAAUCAGCUCGUCGAAUGGGUCAGUUUCCCCGCAAUCUCCUCCAGGAAGCACGAGCAGCGUUUCGAGCAGCUCAGCAUCUUUGAUAGAAGAAAUGUUGUUGCCGAUCUAUAUUCGGUCAAUUGCAGCCGCACUCAUGUACGGCGUCCCAGUCGAAAAGGUAUCCGACCACCUUCCUACCAGCUUCGAGAUGCGACCUUUCACUACGAUUUUCGACGCACAAGUUUCUAGCCAUGAGCUACGGAACCUCUCUCUCCUUUUCAUCCGCGACUGGGGAAAGCGGCUUUUCGAAGGCGACAGAAUAGCAGAGAAAGACGUAGAGCUCCAGAGCUACCUCCUAGACUGCCAUCACUCCUGGCUGAGCGGUCUCGAAACCCUCGAACGCAACGGAGCCCUUUCAAAGGAAGACCGAACAAUAGCAAGCCAGCUCAGAGUCACGUACUACGCCACCUACAUCUUCAUCUCCUGCGUCACAGAGACCAGCCAAAUGCAGUACGACCAGCAUCUGGACACCUUCAAGGCUUUGGUCUACCACGCCAAGCUCGUGCUCGCCAUCGCCUCUUCGCCCUCCGCUCGCCCCGCAGCCAACUUCACCUUCGAAGGAUCUGUCGUCGCGCCGCUCUUCUUCUGCGCAAACCGCUGCCGCUGCCCCAUCACCCGCCGCGAAGCCAUCGCCCUGCUUGCUCUCAAUCCACCCAGAGAGGGUCUCUGGGACCCGCAGCAAAACGUCGUCAUUGCGACGCGCGCCAUGGAGAUCGAAGAGCGCGAAGUCGAUCCCGCGACGGGCUGGCCCGUCGACAGGACGCGGCUCUACAGCGUCGUCAUCGACGGCAACAUGGACGGCAACGGGCGCUUCUCCGCCCGCUUC